GAUUGGCAGUGAACCACCCAUGGUCUCCCCCCCCAGGCAGCGGGUGCUGCGGUCUGGGCGGAAGUGAGGUGUCGCGCGCUGCGGCGGUUCCGGUGUGGGAGCGGCCGGGGCUGAGGCGGGGUCGGGGCCGGCCGAGGCCAUGCUGUGCACGGCGCUGGUCAUGGCCGGCAGCCUGGCGCUCACCACGGCCGUGGUGGCCCACGCCUACUACCUGAAGCACCAGUUCUACCCCACCGUGGUGUACCUCACCAAGUCCAGCCCCAGCAUGGCCGUGCUCUACAUCCAGGCCUUCGUGCUGGUGUUCCUGCUGGGCAAGUUCAUGGGCAAGGUUUUCUUCGGGCAGCUGCGCGCGGCCGAGAUGGAGCCUGGGGCUGCCCCUGAUCCUGUCCCUCAGCACCUCCUGGAGCGCUCGUGGUACGCGGUGACCGAGACCUGCCUGGCCUUCACCGUCUUCAGGGACGACUUCAGCCCGCGCUUCGUCGCCCUCUUCACCCUCCUCCUCUUCCUCAAGUGCUUCCACUGGCUGGCCGAGGACCGCGUGGAUUUCAUGGAGCGGAGCCCCAACAUCUCGUGGCUCUUCCACUUCCGGAUCGUCUCCCUGAUGUUCCUGCUGGGAAUCCUGGACUUCCUCUUCGUCAGCCACGCCUACCACAGCAUCCUGACCCGCGGCGCCUCCGUCCAGCUGGUCUUCGGCUUCGAGUACGCCAUCCUGAUGACCAUGGUGCUGACGGUGUUCGUCAAGUACGUGCUGCACUCCAUCGACCUGCAGAGCGACAACCCCUGGGACAACAAGGCCGUCUUCAUGCUCUACACCGAGCUCUUCACCGGGCUGGUCAAGGUGCUGCUCUACAUGGCCUUCAUGACCAUCAUGAUCAAGGUGCACACCUUCCCGCUCUUCGCCAUCCGCCCCAUGUACCUGGCCAUGAGGCAGUUCAAGAAGGCCGUCACCGACGCCAUCAUGUCCCGCCGGGCCAUCCGCAACAUGAACACGCUGUACCCCGACGCCACGGCCGAGGAGCUGCAGGCCAUGGACAACGUGUGCAUCAUCUGCCGCGAGGAGAUGGUGACGGGCGCCAAGCGCCUGCCCUGCAACCACAUCUUCCACACCAGCUGCCUGCGCUCGUGGUUCCAGCGGCAGCAGACGUGCCCCACGUGCCGCAUGGACGUGCUCCGCGCCUCGCUGCCCCCGCAGCCGCCCCCCGAGCCCGCGGCGGCGGCACCGGCAGCGGCCCCGGCACAGCCCCCCAACUUUCCCCAGGGGCUGCUCCCUCCCUUCCCGCCGGGGAUGUUCCCGUUCUGGCCGCCCGUGGGGCCCUUCCCGCCCGGCCCCGCUGCUGCCCAGGCCCCGCCGGGCCCUGACGGCGCUGCCGCGGCCCCCGGAGCCGCUCCCGGUGCUCGUCCCGGUGCCGGUGCCAGUCCCGGUGCCAGUCCCGGUGCCGGUGCUGCGGGGCCGGAGCCGGGCGGUGCCGGGGCGGUGCCGGGGCUGCCGCUGCCGCCGCCCUGGGUGGGGAUGCCGUGGCCACCGCUCUUCGGAGUGCCCCCCAUGCCGGUGCCCCCCGCCGGCUUCGCGGGGCUGACGGAGGAGGAGCUGCGGGCCAUGGAGGGCCACGAGCGGCAGCACCUGGAGGCGCGGCUGCAGUGCCUGCACAACAUCCACACGCUGCUGGACGCCGCCAUGCUGCAGAUCAACCAGUACCUGGGCGUGCUGGCCUCCCUCGGGACCCCCCGAGCCGCCCCCCGGCCGCCCCCCGCCCGUGAGACCCCCCCGGAGGAGCCCCCGGCGCCGGGACCCUCGGGAGCCUCGGGAGCCUCGGGAGCCUCGGGAGGCAGCGGAGGCAGCGAUGCGGCCCCGGCUGAGGAUGAGGAGGACGCGGCCGAAGGCGCCGAGCCCCGCGAGGGCCCCGACACGGCCGAGCUGCGGCGGCGGCGCCUGCAGAGGCUGGGGACCCCCCCCCACUGACCGGGACCCCCCCAGGACCCCCAGAGUGACCCGAGAUCCCCCCAGGACCCCCCAAACUGACCAGGACACCCCCCAGGACCCCCCAAACCGGUCUGAGAUCCCCCCCCUCACCUCCCCCCUCCCCAUUUUCUGCCGGAAUUCCCGGCUGGAAGUGAAUCCCCGUCCCCUUGGUGACCCCAGCCCCGUUUCCCCAGCCCCCGACCCCUUUCCCCUCCCUCUUCUCUCUGUUUUCCCCAUUUUCCCCCAAUUUUACUCCGUUUCCCCCAUUUUUUCCUAA